GAGAUACAUAAAUAGAGAUAAUUUUGCAUCCACAUCAGUUCACAUAUGAUCCGUUCGCCUGUUCAAAUAGCCGCCAGAUUAUGGCACAGUGUUCCGAAAAGUUUACUAAAGAUGGGUCCGCUCGAAGGUGCCAAGAAAAUUGCGGCUCAUAAAGCCGUGAACGAAUAUGUCCAGAAUAACACUGUGAUCGGAAUCGGUAGCGGAUCCACUGUGAUUUAUGCCGUUCAUAGACUUGCUGAACGUGUCAAGGAGGAAGGACUCAACAUAGUCUGUGUUCCUACAUCAUUUCAAGCUCGUCAACUUAUAUUAGAUAAUCAUCUAACUUUAGGUGACUUAGAAACUUAUCCAAAGCUGGACUGUGCAAUCGAUGGAGCAGAUGAAGUUGAUACUGAUAUGAAUCUUAUUAAAGGUGGUGGAGGAUGUUUAUUACAAGAAAAAAUUGUUGCUUCUUGUGCUCAGCGAUUUGUCGUCAUAGCAGACUAUACGAAAAACUCACAAAAGCUUGGCCAGCAGUAUAAGAAAGGAAUUCCUAUUGAAGUAGUUCCUAUGGCAUAUGUGCCGAUUCAACAUAGAAUUGAAAGAACAUAUGGAGGAACUGCAAAAAUUAGAAUGGCUCUGGCAAAAGCUGGUCCAGUAAUAACAGAUAAUGGUAAUUUUAUUUUGGACUGGCAUUUUCCACAAGACUUAACUAAUUGGAAUAAAAUUAAUCAGGAAUUAUCUCUGAUACCUGGUGUCAUUGAAACUGGUCUUUUUAUAAAUAUGGCUGAGUAUAUAUAUAUAUACACAAGAUGA